UUUUAAUUUAGAUCUCACAAUGCAUUAUUUUUGUUUAAUUAUCUAUGCCAUUAUUUUACUGGUUGGCAUUGGCCAUUGCAAAACCGACGAUAGUCCUGGAUUCUUUUUGAAAAUUACCAAAAAUGUGCCACGUUUGGGCAGAAGAUCGGACAAGGAUUUCGAAAGUAGUUUUUUGAAAAACUACAAGGCCAUACCAAGAAUUGGCAGAAGUGUGGAAGGUGAUAAUGGUUACUCCUCCCUCGAGAGCUGGCUUAAUGAACAAACCUAUUUGAGGAAACUGAAUAAACGUGUGCUCAUGAAUCCUUUACGCAUUUCCUCUCCCGAACGUGAGCUCAGUGUAGUGCAGCCUGUUAACUCAAAUACUCUUAUCGAGUUGAUCGACAAAGAUGCCAUACCCAGUGAUAAUGUCAAGUUUGUGCAUUGGAAGGAUUUCGAUCGUGCUUUGCAACUGGAUGUGGAUUUGUAUGGAAAAGUUAUUUCAUUAGGACGUCGUCCGGAUCAGCGUUUGAAACAGGAUCUUAAUAUUGGCAGUUAUAUGCCAUUGUUUAGCACAGGUCUGGGUGACGAUGAUGGCACGGAUUUUAUGCUUUAUAAUCAAGCUGGAGUUCAGGAGGGGAACUAUAAUGCUGAUGCAUUGCGUUAUAAUCGUAUUUAGCUUAUGGCGUUAUUAAUGGAUUGAACAAUU